GGUACAAGCUGUUUUUUGUUUACAUUUAUGCUUAGUGUCAGCCUGUCAGGGAAGUGUGCUGGCAAGUUGCUUCGGAAGCGAGGCUUGAUAAGCAAUUAAAUCUGUAAUCCGAAAUUGAUAACACAGAUCUCUCGUUGAUAUAAUAGCUGUACUGCAGUUAAAACUGUAUAUGCGGUUUGCAGACGACACUGGCGGGUCAACAUCUUUUCAGAGGCUGAACAAUGGCUGUCAGAAGAUUGGAACCCUGUGUGCAGUUGCCUCUUGAUGAGAAGACUUUAAAAGAAGUAGUGACAUCUGCACGGGACUGGGCUCUGAUGCAUGGUGCAUGUAUGCGUUCAAAGACAAACUAUAAUGAGGAUAUUUUACAAUUUGCUCCAUUUGCUCUCCUACCGUCAGUGUUUCCUAGAAAAGAAUUUGAGAGAGCUGUCAAUAUUCAGCCAAUUCUGAAUGAAUUAAUGCAUAAAGUAGCUCAUGAUCAUGAGUUCCUUACAUCAAGUCUAAAAAGCACUAUAGAAGUAGAUGAAUUCACAGGAAAUAUGUUCAAGAUUUAUGAAACUGUUUAUAAUGAAGGUUUUGCUCAGCGAUUGUCGCUGGGACUCCUCAGGUCUGACGUAAUGCUGGAGAGUUGCUGCUGUCUGGACGAAGGCCAUGGUGACGAUAUCAAAUUGGCGCCUUAUUGCUGCUGGAAACAGGUCGAAAUCAACACCAUCGCUUCUGGAUUUGGCUGGCUGGGGCCUGCCUCUUCUCAUAUCCAAAGAUAUGUUUUGCGUGAAUUGGGCCAUGAAGAGAAGCUAGAAAAUCUUCCACCUAAUUCAGCUCUUGCUGGGCUGUGUGGAGGAAUGAUAAAAGCAUGGAAAAUUUAUGAUAAUCCAAAAGCUGUUAUAAUGAUAGUGGUUGAAGAUGUCACAUAUAAUAUUUGUGACCAGCGCUUUCAUGAAUUUUACAUUCGAGAAAAUCAUCCUGAUGUCGGUGUUCUACGUCGAAGAUUCAGUGAACUUAAAGAACAAGCAAAACUGACUGACAACAAGGCUCUUUUUGUCGAUGGUCAUGAGGUGGCUGUUGUGUAUUACCGUACUGCAUAUGAACCAGCUCAGUACGGAGGAGCUGAAGGCUGGAAGACUCGUUUGCUGAUAGAGCGCUCAAAAGCCAUCAAAUGUCCAAGUAUUCAUUAUCAUCUUGCAGGAACUAAGAAAGUUCAGCAGGCACUAGCACAUCCUGGAUGCUUGGAACGUUUUAUCACUGACUCGGCAAAAGUGGAGGCCAUCAGAGAGAUCUUCACAGGUCUCUAUUCCCUUGAUUUUGAUGAACAUGGUGACAGGGCUGUAGAUAUGGCUAUUGCAAAUCCAGAACGAUAUGUUUUAAAACCACAACGUGAAGGAGGAGGUAACAAUGUAUAUGGACAAAAGAUUCGAGAAAUAGUAGAAAAAAUGAAAUCUUCCAAAGAGAGAACUGCUUGGAUACUUAUGGAACGAAUAGCUCCUCCAGUACAGAAAAAUUAUAUUGUAAGACCAGGGCAGAACAAUUUACCUGAACCAACAGAUGUUGUGUCAGAAUUAGGGAUCUUUGGUGUUGUGAUUGGAGAUGCAGAGAAAAUUCUUGUAAAUGAACAAGUGGGCCAUAUGUUGCGGACAAAAUUGAGCACUGUCGAUGAAGGCGGUGUUGCAGCAGGACUAGGGGCACUUGACAGCCCCUAUCUGGCAGAUCUGUGAUGUAGAUUGCAUACCAUGAACAAGAUGAUAUGAAUUUCCAAGUGCUUUCAUUGAAAAUGUUAUUUAAUACUUGUAUUUCUGUCACUUGUUUUACAGAUUUAUGAGUACAUAUGACAUUUUUGGUUCAUCACAGGCCUACAGAAAACUAUGUAUUGUUAUUUGUAAUUAAUAUUAGUGGGGAAUGUGUAGAGUUGUGAAUGUUGUUGAUAUCUUUUAAAGAUAUUUUUGGUGGGUCAUUAAAUAUUUAAUAAAAGAACAGUAAAGCCACUAUUGUGGUCCUUCGAAUGCUUUAAGAAUCUUGGCAAUCACAGAAGAUCAUUGUUUUAUAUUAAAAUAUGUACUUUGUAAUAAAAAUCACAGAGAUUGAAA